CUCAAAUACUAAAUAUCUCUCUUUCAUCGUAUAUUCGUUCCCUAAAGACCUUCGCGAUACCCCGCGUUAUACUAUACCGAUAAGGCAGAGUCCAAUUGUGUGGGACAACUCGUGGCAACCAUGGCCGUAACUCGGUCCGACGCGUCGAACUCUGACCACAGCUCAAUCUUUGUUGGCCUGGGAGGCAUAUUACUCCUACUACUCGCACGUCAUUUGUUAGCAAGAAUCCAAGAAGAACGCAAGAUCAGAUCACUUGGAGCUCAUGCGAAUUUUGUCAAAUCAUGGGUGCCUUUUGGCCUGGGCUUCAUUGGACGCACUCUGCUCGAUGUACGCAAACAUGAUUUACUUGGAGGAUGGCAGAGCACAUUUGCCGACCGCUCUGCUGUUCACCCAUACACCCGUGAGACAAGGACCAUAGGAAUGAGACUUAUCUUGACGGCCGAUGAGGAGAAUAUCAAGGCUAUCCUUGCGACUCAAUUCAAUGACUACGGCAAGGGUGCACAAUUCAAUUCCGAAUGGCACGACUUCCUGGGAGACAGCAUAUUCACCACCGAUGGAGAGAAGUGGCAUGCAUCUCGUCAACUGAUCCGCCCUCAGUUCAUCAAGGAUCGCGUUUCUGAUCUGGAGGUCUUCGAGAAGCAUUUGGAAGUCCUUCUCCCUAUGCUCGGAGGCUCUGGAGAUGGUAAACCUGUUGACGCUAUGGAUCUGUUCUUCAAGUUCACCUUGGAUGCCAGUACCGCGUUCUUACUCGGCCACAGUGUGAACAGUCUCGUCAAUCCUCAAGAUCGCUUCUCAGAUGCCUUUGCAACAGUCCAGAGCGUUCAAUCCACCAUUGCCAGAGUUGGACCCCUCAACCGAUUCGUACCACGUAAGGCGUUCUACGCUUCUCUUAAGAUCAUGGAAGAGUUUAUGCAGCCAUUCAUUGAAGAGACGUUGCAGUUGACCCCCGAGGAGCUCGAGAAGAAGUCCAAGUCAGACGAGGGCUAUAACUUUUUGUAUGCGCUUGCCAGCUUCACGCGCGAUCGUACAGUCCUGAGAGACCAGUUGGCGGCGGUACUACUUGCUGGACGUGAUACAACAGCAUGCACACUCUCUUGGUUGUUCAAUGAGAUUUCUCGCAGGCCGGACAUUGUUGCCAAGUUGAGACGGGAAAUCGAGGAAAAUGUCGGUCUGGACAACAAGCCAACUUACACCCAUCUGAAGAACAUGCGCUACCUCACGCACACAAUCAACGAGACCCUCAGACUCUACCCUAUUGUACCUUUCAACGUUAGAGUGGCCUUGAAGGACACAACUCUGCCGCGUGGUGGUGGUCCAGAUGGUACCCAGCCUAUUGGUGUUCCUGCAAACACACCCAUUGCAUACUCGACUCUGUUCCUGCAGCGUCGUGAAGACAUCUAUCCAAAGGCCUCCGAGAAGUUCGCUCAUCAUCUCAGCUUUGAGCCUGAUCGAUGGGAUGGAUGGAAUCCCAAGAUGUGGACUUACAUUCCCUUCAAUGGUGGACCUCGUAUCUGUAUUGGUCAACAAUUCGCUUUAACCGAAGUUGCUUACACUGUUGUUCGAAUUCUACAAACAUAUUCGCGCAUCGAGUGCAAGAUGGCCGAGCGUCCUAAGCUGAAGACGGACAUUGUCGUUCAGCCUUCCGACCCAGUCAACCUGAUCUUCCACCGAGACUAGAAGCCUCCUUCUGUGGUCACUCUUCAGUAUCUCUCAAACUGUGCUAGAAAAUGGCUACUGGACGCCAAAGAGGAUGCUAAGUGCACAAACACUCCUCUCGAGGAAGGAUCUGAGGCUCGAAGCAAUUCCCACACCGCAAAGGCUGAAAGGUGGACCAGCCCCACAGACGCUCUGAUCACUCCAGAUAUGUGGCUCUUUGGUACCGAUUGGAGGUCCGGAAGGACGCUUGAUGCUUGGGAUGACACUCACUGUGAUCUGUUUCUCUAAGUUUGUAUCUUGACGACCUAUAAUGAAUUCUGUUUCUCCAUGAUCAUGCGCAUCCACUAUCGUUUCGUCUCAGGUUACCAGCUU